AUGAAUGAUAUUUGUUUCCGAUGUUCUAUAUCACAAAAAGAAUUAAAAGAAGAAAAUUAUUUAUUUUUCGAUGCUCAUUUUUUGAAUGAUUAUAGGAACGAUGGAGAAAAAAUAAGCGGAAACAAUAAUAAUAUUUUUUUAGAUAAUAAUAAAGAAAUUUUUCUACAGUACUUAAGGAAUAAAGAAGAAACUGCAAAUAAUGAUAUAGAAAAAGUUUAUAAAAAUUUUUAUAUGAACAUAUAUUUAUGCAAAAUAUGUAACGGCUUACACAACAUUGAUUUAAUAUUGUUUUAUAAUAAGAAUAGUAUAUUCCAUUAUAAUUUUAUUGAAAAAAAUCUAUUAAUCAAUUUAGAAGAUAAAAAAAAAAUAAGCGAGGCUUUUAAAAAUGUAAAAAAAAUAUUUGACAUUCUAGUGAAUAAUAUCGAUAUAAUCUUUUUUUUUUUACAUCUGCAAGAAGCAAAAAUCAUAAAUAGAACUGAAAAUAUUACCUUAGAAGUAUUUAAGGAAUAUUUUGAGCAUAUAAAAGAAAAAAUUAUUAUUCAUGUAAAUUUAGAAAAUAAUUUUAUUAAAAAAAACAUUCAUAGGGUUUUUUCUUUUGUUUUAAUUUAUUUCUAUUUAAAUUUUUACAUUAAAAUAUAUGACUCUUUGAAUAUGUGCGAUAGAAAAAGCAAAUUUCUAGUAAACUUGUAUAAGCAUUCUAUAUUAGUUUUUAGUGCUCAUAUAAAUAAAAGAGACAUAUCUGACAAUAAUGAAGAAAAAGGAACAGUAAAUCAAACUAAAAGAAAAAAGAAAGAAUUUUAUAAAAAAAAAAAAAAAUUGAAAAAUGAAAAUGAAAAUGAAUUAAUUAACAGUAAUAGUGAAAAUGAAAACUUUUAUAAUAUUAAAAAAAUAGAAGAAAUUGAAAGUGACGAAAAAAAAACAGAUAAUAUGAAUUUAUUGAAAGGGGAAGAAAAUAGCAAAUUAAUUACAAAAAAUCAUAUUUUCUUAAAUAUUAUAGAUAUCUAUAUAUCUUUUAAUAAUUUAUGUAUCUGUGGUUAUUAUAAUAAAUAUAAUAAAGAAAUAUCACAAACAAAAUGGCUAGUAAAUAAUUUGUCUAAAAGUGUUUUAUCAAUUGAGGAAUGCCUAUAUAAAAUUUUUAAGAAUGUUUUUUCUUAUUCUACUUGUAAAUUUAUUGGUUCAGGAAGAGAAGAUAAGGAUGCCAGAAUGAUGAGUAUAGGUAGGCCAUUUGUUUUUGUAUUAAAAGAAACAAAAUUUUCUUUUUUAAAUUUUUAUUUAUUUUUUAGUAAGCUAAAAAAACUUGGAUAUUCAUAUAAUAAUAACUGUGAAAUUAAAACAUUAGAAGAAUUAAACGAUUUUCUAAAAAAUAACCAUUUUUCCAAUUUGAAUUCAUUAAAUAAUAAUAUAUGCUAUAAAGAAAAAUAUGAUUUAGAAAAAAAGGAAAAAUUUCCUGAAGGGAUUAAUGACAGUUAUGCAUUAAUAAAUAAAGAAAAUACUAUUUCAUUAUAUGAUAUAAUGUCAAAUAAAACAGUAAUAGAACAAUCAAAAGAUAAAAUUUUUGAAGAAAAAAAAAUAGGUAAUUUUCAUAUAUCCUGUAGUUAUAAUAAAGAAAUGGAAGUGUUAUUAUCAAAAAACGUCAAAUUAAAUAGAGAAGAUUUUGAUACUAAUAGAAAUUAUAUUAAUAGUGAUAUUAAAGAUAACAAUAAAUAUAGUGAAUCUGAUUGUCUCAAUAUUAAUGAAACAACUAUAAAUAUUAAGGAUAAUUAUAAUAUGAAUAAGAAAAACGUUUCAUACAACAUUAACGAUUUUGUUGAGGUUAAAUUAAGUAACGUUGCUUUUAGCACUAAUUAUGGAUUAAUAAAAAAAAUUAUGAAGUAUGGUGAAGAAAGAAAAAAAGCAUAUAAAUGCCUAAUAUACCAUUCUUCUUCAAUGACUAAAGAAAAAAUACAAAAAAUUAAUAAAGAUGUUUUAAAUUAUGAAAAAAACAGUUCAUAUGUAAUUAAAGUUAAUCAAAAAACACCAAUAAGGGUUCUCCAUAGAAGAGGGCUAAUUAAAAGAGAAAGAAAAAUUUAUAAAUUUAAUUUAAUUUAUAUUCAUGAGCAUUUUUCUUUGUUAUGUUUAUUAGCACAAUCAGGUAUGUAUAUAAAGGAAUUUGUUAAUGGGGAUAGGGGAAGAACUUUUCCUAACUUAAAAUACUUUUUUGGAGGUUAUACAUUUGUUAAUAUAUUAAAUUUAGAUGUAUCUAAUUUAAUAUAUGACUGA